UGCAGGGGGAAGUCAUCACAAAGUCUCUGUUUCACCAGUUGUUCAUGUCCGAGGACUCUGUGAAUCAGUUGUGGAAGCGGAUCUUGUAGAAGCUCUGGAAAAGUUUGGAACCAUAUGCUAUGUCAUGAUGAUGCCAUUUAAGCGACAGGCUCUGGUGGAGUUUGAAAAUGUAGAAAGUGCCAAGAAAUGUGUAACAUUUGCAGCAGAUGAGCCUGUAUAUAUCGCUGGACAGCAAGCCUUUUUCAACUAUUCGACAAGUAAAAGGAUUACUCGGCCAGGGAACACUGAUGACCCAUCUGGUGGAAAUAAAGUUCUCCUGUUGUCCAUUCAGAAUCCUCUCUAUCCAAUUACAGUGGAUGUCUUGUAUACUGUGUGCAACCCUGUUGGAAAAGUUCAGCGCAUUGUUAUAUUCAAGAGGAAUGGAAUACAAGCUAUGGUUGAGUUUGAAUCAGUGUUUUGUGCCCAGAAGGCGAAGGCUGCACUCAAUGGAGCAGAUAUCUAUGCAGGAUGCUGCACGCUCAAAAUCGAAUAUGCAAGGCCAACUCGACUUAACGUCAUCAGGAACGACAACGACAGCUGGGACUACACCAAGCCGUACCUGGGCCGCCGAGACAGAGGGAAGGGCCGCCAGAGGCAAGCUAUUUUGGGAGAGCACCCAUCAUCAUUUAGACACGAUGGAUAUGGGUCGCACGGUCCUUUAUUGCCCCUCCCGAGCCGGUACCGAAUGGGAUCUCGUGACACUCCAGAGCUUGUUGCUUAUCCGUUGCCCCAGGCAUCGUCCUCGUACAUGCACGGUGGGAAUCCUUCUGGCUCGGUUGUCAUGGUCAGUGGGUUGCAUCAGCUAAAGAUGAACUGCUCAAGGGUCUUCAACCUGUUCUGCUUGUACGGAAACAUAGAGAAGGUGAAAUUUAUGAAGACUAUUCCAGGCACAGCACUGGUUGAAAUGGGCGAUGAGUAUGCUGUAGAAAGAGCUGUCACGCAUCUCAACAAUGUCAAAUUAUUUGGAAAGAGGCUUAAUGUCUGUGUUUCCAAGCAGCAUUCAGUAGUUCCAAGCCAGAUAUUUGAACUGGAGGAUGGCACAAGUAGUUACAAGGAUUUUGCAAUGAGUAAGAACAAUCGCUUCACCAGUGCUGGCCAAGCAUCUAAGAACAUCAUCCAGCCACCCUCCUGUGUGCUGCAUUAUUACAAUGUACCGCUGUGUGUUACUGAAGAAACCUUUGUAAAGUUGUGUGAGGAUCACGAAGUUCUCAGCUUUAUUAAAUACAAAGUGUUCGAUCCAAAACCUUCUGCCAAAACACUUUCUGGUCUGUUGGAAUGGGAAUGUAAGACAGAUGCAGUGGAAGCCCUCACUGUACUUAAUCACUACCAGAUAAGAGUACCAAAUGGCUCUAACCCUUACACCUUGAAGCUUUGCUUCUCUACUUCAUCCCAUUUAUAGAGAAGAGGACAGCAUGUUAAGAGCUAUGUUUGCCUCAAUUUGCAAGUCUCAAACUACACUUCAUUCACAAAGCUCUAAAGUGGUUGCUCUAAUGUUGCCUUGUUUCAACUUAAUUCUAAUAUCUUAUCUUGUUUUAUAAUAAAUGGAUGUUCCUUCAUAAAUAUAAAACAGAUUUUUUUUCUCUUUGCCUCUGAGAAGUACAUGUUGUAAGGUAACUACUUGCAUUUCAUUAAUGUAGUAUCUUCAAAAGUCUAAAGAAAGACCAAUAACAUAGUGUACCAUUCAGACCCUAAAAUGUCAAUAGUUUUCUUCAAAAAAUGAAAUUUAUUUGCCUUUUUGAUGUUGAAGAUUAGCAAGUAUUUUUCCAUUUGUAGUUUUAAUUGGCUGAUAGUACAUAAGAAUUUUAAAUGUACAACUUGUUUUUCAGUAAGUUAAGUAGUGAAGUAUGCUGCAAUAAAUACUAAAAAUGCUUGUAUUUAUAAAAUGCUUGAAUCAGGUUAAUGUUGCACAUACUGAAUUUUUAGUAUAGAUGAUUUAUAUUUCAAACAAAGCUAAGGUAGAAAAAAUAAGUAUGUACACGUGUAUAGUGUGAAUUCAUACUUAUUUCAAGUGGUUUUGUUUUGU